GGUGGCGAAGGAAGCAGGCCCGCCCGCGAAGCAAAAGAUAUGGGGCAGAUCGGAAACGCCCCCCUCAUUUCCCGGGUAAUCCUGGGGCCCUCCUACUGUGACGUCACCCGACGCCACGCGACCCCGCUUCCUUUGGGACCCGUUCUCCCUCCGCCAAUCGGAAUCCUCCACGUCGUCUCCGACCUUGGUUUCUCUUUCUCGAAACCCGCUGCGCGAUUGGAGGAGCUGCGGGGCCCACGGGUGAAUUGGGCAGGUGCGUGUUCGGGUGCUGGUCCGAAUCGUAUCUGUGGGGACGGCGUUACGCGCGACGGCGGCAUCGGGAGUCGGACUGGGACAGGGAGGCGGGACUCGCCUGCGUCGCAAUCGCGGCCGUCGGUUCGGCGGACCACCGCAUGCUGGCGAGCGUGUGCGAGUAGGGCGGGGGGGAAUAUUUGCCUCCCGCACUCACUGCGGCGUAAUCUUUUGCUGCCUGCUUUCGUCCCGUCUUCUUUUCCUUUUCCCCCUCCCUCCCUUUUCCCUCGCUCCCAAAAGAAAAGAGAGAGCAGUCUUAUUCCCUGCCGUUUUGUUCUCUGCCCCCUGUUUUUUACCUCUUUCGUGGCAUUCCGCCACAGUAGCGAAGCGCUGCUGCUAACCACGCCCCCUUUCUGCUAAUGAAAUGAUGAGAAGACGGGGAGAGAGAGAGAGAGAGAGAGAGAGAGAGUAAACUGUUGGCAUGAAUGAGAGUCAUAUCUGCACACAUGGGCGGUCUUCACAUGUCGAACGGGGGUGUGGUUGUCGUGAAGUGGGUUUCAGCAAGUCAUAACUUUCACGCUUCCUCCGCACCCUCUGGCCUUUGCUGCUGCUGCAGUGAAUCCAUGUGGAGUGUUUUGCUUGCUCGGAUUCCUGAAACCCACCACCACCUCCAUCUCUUUGUUUGCUUCCCAUCCCCAUCUCUCUCCUCUUUCUAAUCUUUGCCAUCUUGUGAUCUCCCUUUGUACUUGCUCUGGAUUCGUAGCAGAUACAUAGAGAUGGCUGCCGCCCUGCGUCUCCGCUCCCGACGCUCCCAAAUUAUUGGCCUCUGAACCCAUUCCUUCUCCGCCUUCCCUUCUUCCUCUCCCCCACCUCCCCGCAUCCUCCCCUCUUUACACCGAUCCAUUCCUCGCCAACUCAUGUCUCUCGACCCGGAAUGCCCCCGGCCAGCCCCGCCGCCGCCACUGCCAGCUGCAGCAGCCAACGUGCCAUGAACGGCUUACGGUCGGAUGCCCACGUCGCCCAGCAGAGCCGCCGCGACAAGCUCCGGGUCCAGUCUGACCUCCUCCAGGUCCGCGACGCCUCCGAACCGGCCAUGUUCUCCUCCCCGGCCGCCUCAGCAGCCACGGACUUCACGGGCGGCAGCCAAGUCCCCCUCGUCGCUCCUUCCGCGUCGUCGCUGAUCUUAAGCGAGGGCGCCGCUGCUUUCCAGCCCCAGCCCGGUUGCGACUGGGCUCCGCCUCCUUCCUUUGUUCCGCACGGUCAUCCUUACCACCACCAACCGAGGCCCGGCUUCGUCGCUUAUCACGACGGAUCGACGGACUUGCACUUCGUGUCGCCCUCAUCGCCGCUCGCGUGCCAAGGCCGAGAAUUCGCCUCCGCGAUCGCUCAACAGCCGUGCCCGUGGGCCGUCGAGGGCGGCGGGAACGAGCUGCUGUUCCUGCCCACCUAUGCCGGGGAAUCGCCCGGUGCCAUGCUGAUGGCCAGGCAGCUGCCUCCGCAGUGGAGCGGAGAUGGAAACAUCAUGGGCGCCAAGUGCGAUGACGCUGCCGUCGGGGCUAGCGAUCCGAGAGCGGCGAGAGGCCUGUCCCUGACGCUCGCGUCGAGCCCGGUGCCGGAGCUCGGCGCGGCGCAGUUGGCGGCCGGGCCUUCCUGCCCCUACCCCAAGUUCCUGAUCGGGGACCGAGUGUACACAGGCGGGGGAUCACUACAAGACGUGGUGAGCCUGCCCAGCGACGCCGCUGCCCGCCGUGGCUCCGGCCCUCUCGGCCCGUUCACCGGCUACGCCACCAUACUGAAGAACUCCAGAUUCCUGAGGCCAGCGCAGCAGCUGCUCGACGAGUUCUGCAGCGCCGUCACGGGCUUGAAGCUCGCCAAGCGGUGCCACAUCGGAGAAGCGAGUCCAGGAGCUUCAAGCAGCGGCCGCGACGUCGGCGAGAAGGACAACAGCUCCAAGGGAGUGAAUUCCGGCGCGUCAUCCUCGAUGGAGGCCGGAGCCGAAGCCGGGGGCGCAGCCAAAGUCCAACGACCGGAAUUCCAGCAGAAGAAGGCAAAGCUCCUCCACAUGCAGGAAGAGGUUUGCAGAAGAUACAAGCAGUACCACCAACAAAUGCAAAUGGUGGUCUCCUCCUUCGAGUCCGUGGCCGGCCUCAAUUCGGCCACGCCCUACACGUCGUUGGCGCUGAAGGCCAUCUCGAAGCACUUCAGGAGCUUAAAGAACGCGAUCUCAGAUCAGAUCCGGCACGUGAGCAAAGUUCUCGGGGAGGAACUCAUGUCAUCACCCAGUUCCGGUGGUCGAGGGGAAUCGACGCCAACCCCCCCGCGGCUCAAGUACCUCGAUCAAAGCCUUCUUCGGAAACACAAGGCUGGUGGCGAAAGCACACUGAGCUUCGUGGAUCACAACCAGCCGGUUUGGCGGCCGCAGAGAGGUCUACCGGAGCGUGCCGUAUCCGUUCUCCGUGCAUGGCUGUUCGAGCAUUUCCUUCACCCGUAUCCGACCGACACCGAUAAGCACAUGUUAGCAACUCAGACGGGCUUGUCCAGGAAUCAGGUGUCGAACUGGUUCAUCAAUGCCAGAGUGAGGCUGUGGAAGCCCAUGAUAGAGGAGAUCCACAUGCUGGAGACCAAGGGGAUGAGCGGAAUGGAUCUCAAUUCGGCCACCAACGGGAAGGAGACGAUGGUCGCCGUAACGGAAGACGGAGCGCACUCGUCGACGUAUCACGACCCGCCGGAUUGCGCCCCCAUGGAUGCGGUACUGUUGAACGAGGAGGGGUCGCAGCAGCAGGCUUGGCAGGGCGGCGACAAGAGGUCGAGGGUGGAAGAGUGCGAGAUGCUGACGGGCAUGGACGGGGGGCUGAUGAGCUUCGCCACCUACCAGCACGCCAUGGACAUGGGCGGGAUCGAGGCGGUGUCGUUGACGCUGGGGCUGAGGCACGAGGGCGGCCAGCAGACGCCGCCGCAGAUGAGGCACUUGGGGGCACAGAUGUUCCAUGACUUCGUGGGCUGAGAGCCUUGGCGUCACCGCAGGUUUUGAUGCAUCCCAAUCCCGGUGGGGAUGCGGCCGCUGCCAGUAAUCUGCCCUUUCUAGUAUAGCGUAUGCCUUUCUCGUCACAGAGGACUCUCAAGCUUCGAUGAACGUUCCACAUUGCCUAUGAAGAGGUUUUGCUAUUUAUUUA